CAGAUGAACAUAAUGCUGACUGCUGUUGAAGGAUUCUGCCUUAUAGAAGAUGAAUAAAGGAUCUUUUGAGUGAUUCUGGCAAGGUUUUCCUGUGCCAUACUGAAGACAUUUGCUUUCACAGAUUCUACUAAAUUGCCCUGCUGUCCCUCUUAGUCCAAAUGACAGAAGAUUGGAUGUGGUACUAUCCUGAUGCCCUCUAACACAGGCGUCCACACGUGGGCCUCACCGUAACCAGUACUACAAUACUGUGGCCAAGCCAUGGAGAGUAUCUACCAAUUCUACUUCGACACGUCAAAGAUUGUGGAGCACUACAAUUACACCAAGGAUAAGCUGGAGAAGGAUCUUUCAACUGGUCUUUCAACUGGCAGCAUUCUCAUCAUCGUGCUUUGCUGCUUUAUCAUCCUGGAGAACCUGCUGGUGCUUGUGUCUGUUUGGAGGAACAAGAAGUUCCAUUCAGCCAUGUUCAUCUUCAUCGGCAACCUGGCCUUUUCAGACCUGCUGGCUGGCUCGGCCUUCAUUGCCAACAUUGUUCUUUCGGGCCCGGCCACCUUCCUCCUCACCCCAGUCCAAUGGUUUGUACGAGAGGGCACAGCCUUUGCCACACUGGCUGCCUCAGUCUUCAGCCUGCUGGCUAUUGCCAUUGAGCGGCACGUGGCCAUCACUAAGGUGAAAGUCUACAGCAGUGACAAGAACUGCCGGAUGGUGCUCCUGAUUGGGGCUUGCUGGGUCAUCUCGGCUGCCAUUGGUGGGCUGCCCAUCCUUGGCUGGAACUGCAUGGCUGAUCUUGACAAGUGCUCAACUGUCCUGCCCCUUUACUCCAAACAGUACAUCCUCUUUGUGGUCUUGAUCUUCACCAUCAUCCUCUUCUCCAUUGUGAUCCUCUACGUUCGGAUCUACCGCAUCGUCCGCUCCAGCCACGCUGAAAUGGCCGGCUCCCAGACUGUGUCCUUGCUCAGGACGGUCACUUUUGUCCUGGGGGCUUUCAUCAUCUGCUGGCUGCCGGCCUUCAUCAUCCUUAUGGUGGAUGCUUCAUGUGCCAGGAAGUCAUGCGCCAUCCUUUACAAGGCAAAAUACUUCUUUGCCUUUGCUACUCUCAAUUCAGCCAUCAAUCCUGUCAUCUAUACCCUCCGCAGCAAGGACAUGAGGAAAGAGUUCCUGCGGGUUCUCUGCUGCUGGGGGAUGAUGGGACAAGGGAAGCCUGCGGAGCGGUGCAUGAUCCCCCUCCGCAGCUCCAGUUCUUUGGACCGCUGCACACAAAAACAGGACCUUCCCACUGCACCUUUCAUGAAGGAGCAUUCCACAUUUGUGUGAAAAGACACAAGGAAGGGGACUACAAGGUGGAAAGAAGGAGAGGGUUGGGAUAGGGUGGGCCUCAAUGAUGCGGUACAAAGGCAACACGGUACAAGGUAUGAAAAUAACAUCCUGGUGGCCAAAUCCACCCAUUGUGGACUUAAAUGGAAGUGUCCAUUUGUUCACUAGACCUACACAGUAUUAUAACUUACUGUUAGACGUGUGUGAGAGAGAAACUGACUGACAGAUGGGCUGACUGAAAUGAAGUGUGAGGAAUGGGUAGCUGCUGAGCUACAAAUAUGGUACGAUUCUCCAUUCUAGCAGGGGCCUUGUCACUCUGAACAUCCACAUUUAUUUCUGUCCUAUACCUGAGGGUCAUAGACCUUAAGAGGGAUGUACAUUUCCUCUUAAGUAACCCCUUACUCUCCCAUAGUGGGAUUUCCUCAGAGAGAAUGUGCUUCAGCCAUGAGUCAUCAAUUAAACUUGAUUUUACCAUUGAACGAUCAUUCACAAAGCAAAGCUCAAUAAAUACAAGUUAUGUAGGGGAGGAAAAUCACAUACUUUAACAAAGAGAUGUCUUUCUCCACUAGAUGGAGCACUUCUUUGUAAAACAUUCACUUCCUCUUUCUAUGGAAAAGUAGCCAGAGUCACUCCAAUCUGUUUGGGCUGUGUCUAUACUCUUGUCUUGGCUCUGAUUUGCCCAUUCCAGGUUCCCAAGGAAUUUGGGGUGGGAUGGGGGGCUUUCUCAGGAAUGGAGACUGACACAACAUUAUUUGUUUGUUAGCUCUAGCGUGGCCUGCAGUGCAGAGAUGCAGAUGUCUAUCCAUCUAUGUUUCCUGCUCUGAGCUCCAUUCAGACUGGUUUUUCAGGUUUUCUCCACAUUUCAAGUAGAGCAAGGGAGGGGUAAAAAAAAAGGGCAAUUUCUCCUUUCAUAAAGGAGAGGCAACAGCUCAGUUCAGAGCUGAGUAAGGCAAUAGCAAUAGCAGCUACAUUUCUAUACCGCUUCAUACUGAACUAAGCAGUCUCUAAGCAGUUUACAACGUGUAAGCUAAUUGCCCCAAAUAAUCGGGGUACUCAUUUUUGUGACCUUGGAAGGAUGCCAGGCUGUGUUGACCCUGGAGCCCUUGGCUGGAAUCGAAUUCACAACUUUUUGGCUGGGAGUGAGUGGCUGCAAUACUGGCAUCUAACUACUGCGCCACUUGGGCUCCCUGAGACAAGUUGUAGUCCAACAUGACCAGAGAAAGGCCACUUGGGGAAGGCUUUUCUGUGGGGGAGAGAAGAGGAAUCAGUGCAGCUGAAUAUUCCUGGAAGCGCCACAAGAAUUAGGGACAGUAUGUGGCUGCUGUGACCUUGUGUCCAAUGUGUCUCUCUUACUGGUGUCACUGUAAUGGAAGGUACAGCAAUAGGGAUCGUCUUGCUCUGAGCAAGGUUUCUAACCUUUUAUUGCUUCUUCUGUCUUUCACAUACAUGCACAGAAGAUGGAAGAGCUGCACAAUGUCUAGAAGUGCUCACAGCUUCUACUGUAGUUGCCCACGGGAAUCAGCUCCUGGAUGGAAGACCAACAACAAAUACCAGAUUGCUGGAGGCUAUAUUUCAGAGGAAGGCACUGGCCAAACCACCUUUGAGUACCCUUGCUUAAGAGAACUAGGAAAUUAAUGGGGUCUCCAUAAGUCAGCAGGCAACCUGAAGGUACAUACAACCAUACAGGGGCUAAGGAAGGGGUAGUCAACUCCCUAGGGGCUUCAUGCUGCAGCUGCACUGCCCAUGAUGAUGGUUGGGAAGUUCUGUGAGCUGAGAGUCCAAAAAAGGAGUUUUUCCAAGUUAGAAAACAUGCAUCCAAAGUUCCUGCUGUCCUUUACCAAGCACUUGCAUAAUGGAGCUUGUGAUCCAUCUACCCCAGUACUGUCAAGUCUUGACUGGCAGCCAUAGCUUGCCAAGUUUUCAGGCAGAAUUGUCUCCUUGCAGCCUCCCAUCCAACUACUAAUCAGACCAGAUCCUGUUUAGUUCCAAAAUUAAGUAAGACUAGCGGACCUAGCAGUGGUGUCACUAGAGUUGGCAUCACCCGGUGCGGUACCUCAUGGUGUCAACCCCUGUAGGCCUCUUUCCAUACUUACACCACACAGAAUCUUUAGUAAAGUUUUUGUACCAAUAGCAAUUCCUGUAUAUC